AUGUCAACCACAACAAGCUCAGCGUUGAGCAAAGAUGUACUCCUGGUCCUCUUCAUCACGCCACGAAACGAAGAGUGGAUCUCGAGGGUCAAGGCAAAGCAUCCCGGGCUCGAAAUACGAUGGGCCAACAUUCUAGAGGAUGGCGGCACCUUUUCAAAGAUGAAGGAUCCGGGAGAUGAAAUCUUUCAGGGCGUCACAUUAGGCUUUUGCUUCCAGUAUCCGCCGGCAGCAGAACGACUCCAGUCGGUACGCUUCAUUCAGCUGCCCUCUGCGGGUAUAGAUUUCUGGUCCGGCCAUGAGACGUUUAACCGAAAAGAAGUCACCUUUUGCACGGCAAACGGCGUCCACGCACCACAGAUUGCAGAGUGGGUGAUUGGGUCCUACCUGUCCCACCAACACCACUUUAACCGUUAUGCACAAUCAAUGAAGACUGGUCUAUGGGAGCCACCAUUUGCAACCACCGUACAGGAUUGUACCAUUGCUCGAAUGGGAAUUCUUGGCUACGGUGCAAUUGGAAGACAGUGCGCGCGCAUCGCCAAGUCCAUGGGCAUGGACAUUUAUGCCUAUACUCGAAGUGAAAGAUCAACACCGGAAAGCCGUAAAGAUGAUUCUUACUGCGUGCCUGGUACGGGCGAUCCCGAUGGCCUUUUGCCUACCAAGUGGUUUCAUGGUUCGUCCAAGGAGGCCAUUAAUGAUUUCUUAAGUCAGGAUCUUGAUAUCCUCGUCUUGGCUUUGCCGUUGACCAAGGAGUCGCAAGGCUUGAUAUCGACAGAACAAUUUGAGAUACUCGGAAAGAAGAAGACGUUUGUUUCGAAUGUUGCGCGAGGUGGUAUAAUUAACACGGACGCUCUGGUCGACGCUCUAGAGUCGGGCAAGAUCCGCGGUGCCGCUCUAGACGUCACUGACCCCGAGCCCCUGCCGGCCGAUCAUAAACUCUGGAAAUCGCCGAAUCUGCUCAUUACACCUCACGUCAGCUGGCAGUCGCAGGCGCUCAUGUCUCGGGUCCUGAAUAUUCUCGAGACGAAUCUGGACAAUCUGGGUGCUGGCCGGCCACUGAUCAAUGUUGUCAGCAAAGAAUUUGGCUACUAG